UCUAGGUAUACCCAUAUUAUGCUGUAAAGCAUCGAGAGUAUCCUCCAUUCAACAUCUCUCUUAAUGAAUUCAAAGAUAUCGAUCUGAAUGAAUAUGACCUCCAGGAGGAAUAGGGUCCGGCACCAAAGAGCAUUAUGGAGAGUGCAUCCUUAUCUGGCAGGGGGUACAAUGUUAUUCGAGUAUAUAUAUAGAUGGACAUUCUCAAGACGAAUGAUCCGUAACACUUCAUUCAAGAUAGUAAGUAGUACAUCAAAAAUAUCUUUGUCUUUAAUUAUCUACGUCUUGCUUAUAUCAAUAACAUCCCGUAUGCAAAGAUAAGCAUCCUUGUACUUCUUUCUAUAAUUCCAUCCGUCGUGUAUAUCGUUGUCAUUGUAUGCUGCCAUAUUUAUUCUAGUAUGUAGUAGCU